AAGCCAUAACCCGCUAUGGAGCAUGCGUUUACCCCGCUGGAGCCCCUGCUACCCACGGGAAAUUUGAAAUAUUGCCUCAUGGUUCUUAAUCAGCCUUUGGACACACGCUUUCGUCAUCUUUGGAAAAAAGCUCUUUUCAGAGCCUGUGCGGACGGUGGUGCCAACUGCUUGUAUGACCUCACCGAAGGAGAGAGAGAAAGAUUCUUGCCUGAAUUCAUCAGUGGGGACUUUGAUUCUAUUAGGCCUGAAGUCAGAGAGUACUACACUGAAAAGGGCUGUGAUCUUAUUUCAACUCCUGACCAAGACCACACUGAUUUUACCAAGUGCCUUAAAGUGCUCCAAAGGAAGAUAGAAGAGAAAGAGCUGCAGGUGGACGUGAUUGUGACCCUGGGAGGACUUGGUGGGCGUUUUGACCAGAUCAUGGCAUCGGUGAACACCCUUUUCCAAGCCCCUCACAUCACUCCUGUGCCAAUUAUAAUAAUCCAAGGGGAAUCUCUCAUCUACCUCCUCCAACCGGGAAAGCACAGGCUCCAUGUGGACACUGGAAUGGAAGGCAGCUGGUGUGGUCUUAUCCCUGUUGGACAGCGUUGCAGCCAGGUGACAACAACGGGCCUGAAAUGGAACCUGACAAAUGAUGUGCUUGCCUUUGGAACACUGGUCAGUACUUCUAACACCUACGAUGGGUCUGGGGUGGUGACUGUGGAGACUGACCACCCGCUUCUCUGGACCAUGGCCGUCAAAAGCUAACCUAUGUGGCACCCGUCAUGUUCCUCUGCCUUCCCUCAUCCGCCCAGCAGUUCAUUGUGCACCAGGAGCAAUCACCUCGGUGUGCAGAAAUCUAAACUUCUCCAUAGGAAGCCACGGGGGUCAGGGCACAGCUGAGCAGAGGAGCGCUUGCUGCACAAAUGCAAGGCCUUGGGGUUCCACGCUCAAUACCACAAAAUAGAGAUGCUGGUGUUUAAACAUUCUAGGUCAUGCUGUAAAUGAUAUCUCCCUUUUAUAUUGAGGGAAAAUUAUGUUCUAUCAAAGUAAAUAAGAUUUAUUAUGAUUAUUAUACUCAACUGAAAAAGCCAAUGUAGAUCAUUACAUUAUAUAAUUCAGUUCUGAUCAUUUUAAUUUAAUUAUCAGUCCAUUUACCUUAAAAUUCUUUUUUUUUUUUAAUUUCAAAGCACCAAAAACUUUUGUCAGUGUUGCCUUGGAGUCUAGCACUUCCUUAAAGACCUGACAACAAGGGCUACCUACCUCUGAAUGUCUCCUCUCUAUAAUGUGUAUUAUCUUCCAGAGUGGUGUGAUAGAAUGGCACCCUUUCACUUUGACAUGACAUUUGAAAAGAUAAGAAUCAUUGACUUAGUUGUUACAUUUGCAAGAAAGCUGUUCCUUGGGCUGUGGGCAAAUGAGAAGCCGUAAUUCAUGACUCCCCUAAUCUUUAACCCCUCAAAACUUGAAAGUAAACACUGAGCUUCAGAAAUGCAGAGGCCUUGUGAAAAUCAUGACAAAUCCAAAAGGUUUGUGCAGAGGGGUCUUAACCCUAAAAUUCAGUCACUUUUAACAUACCUCACACUAGAAAAUGAAGUGUUAAUUCGUGGACCAUACAUUUCCUGACAUCUCCAGAAAACGGGUGUGCCUUUGGAGUGAGCACAGCCUACUGAGAAGUCAACACCUGAAGGCCUGUCUCUCCAUCCCAGUCCACCACAUGCCUGGUUCGUGAGCCCCUUCUAGCUGUAGAGUGGAAGGGGUUUUAACCAUUGAGUGUGGGAAAGAACCACAGAUACAAACUGUAAAUGCUACCAUGUUGCAGUUGUAGAGCAGGUAAUACUAGCUUAGUGUAAGCUUGCUGAUGCAUUAAAAUGUAUUCAUGUUUCUUUCAGGAGCUCCCCCACUCACCUUCCUACCCUCUCCUAUCCCAUUUGAUAAACUACAUCUUGCCAAACAACCCAUGGCUUAAGGACAACCUACCCCCCAUGCUGCAUAUAUCCAUGACUACAUCACUGUCUUCUUGGUGCUACAAUAGUAUUUAAGGCUUCAAACAUAAAUAGAGAAAGAAAAGGGAUCAGCUGAACCAACACCAAGUUCUGAACAUAAAUUGUUAGAAUUGUUGUUAUCAUUUAUGCAAAUAUAUGAUACUGAAAUCUGGAUGUCAAAUAAAAACAGUUAUCAGUGUGCA